ACACGGAGAAUUAAUUUCACUCGUCGCGUCACACCACACCUCGUCCCCACUUGACGCGACGCGACAAAAGUACAGAAUUCAACAACGCCGUCUAUAACCGCGUCCUUGUCUUGCAGUUUCUGACCAGCUGUGUUGAUUCUAAAGGGAGCGUUGUAGUUUUGUCACGUCGCGUCUGUUCUCUCUUCAAGUGUGUGAUCCAGUCAGUCACUCCUCCUACAAACAACCCGCAGAAAUCAAACCCACCCGUGUCUAACGCGUGGAUUGUGUAGACGACCGCUGGACCGAUCGGCGGUGUUGCUUCUCAGUGCAGCGUUUAUUAUGACAAGCUGUACAGAUAGAACAGCUUAUUUAUCAUUGUGUAGUUCUUAUAAACAUGCGUGUUACUGAAGGAAUAAGAAGUGUCGGCGCGUGAUAUAUUCUCUGAAUGACAGCAUGGCUAAACGAAGCACACUAUUCAUCAAAAUUGUGGAAGGAAAGAACCUGCCAAUCAAGGACAUGUGGCAUGAGGAUGAUAGUAUGUGGUUCCUCUGCCAAGUUACAGUGCUGUUUGAUGUAGCACCUGAUUCUGACAGCCACAGGUUUCCCCAUUACUCUGAUAACAACAGAACUGGAAGCAGUGAUCCAUACUGCAUCGUCAAAAUUGAUAAUGAGGCAAUAAUUCGGACAGCAACAAUAUGGAAGACAUUGUCUCCAUUUUGGGGUGAAGAAUACACUGUCCAUCUUCCUCCCUACUUUCGUACAGUGUCUUUUUAUGUGCUGGAUGAGGACUCUCUCAGCCGAGAUGAUGUCAUCGGGAAGGUGUCAAUCACUAAGGAGGUUCUCACUGCUAAACCUCAAGGUGUAGAUGGAUGGAUGAGCCUAACAGAGAUUGACCCAGAUGAGGAGGUGCAAGGGGAGAUUCACCUCCAGAUUUCAGUUCUGGGAGAUGGAGAUAUUCCAAGAAAACUGUGCUGCCAAGUCCUAGAGGCAAGAGAUCUUGCAAAAAAGGACCGCAACGGGGCUUCUGAUCCUUUUGUUAGAGUGAGAUACAAUGGCAAAACCUAUGAGAGCACAGUGGUUAAAAAGUCCUGUUACCCACGGUGGAACGAGAGUUUUGAGUUUGAGCUGGACGAGACGCUAGCUGACACUGGAUUAUUGAGUGUGGAAGUGUGGGACUGGGAUCUGGUCAGCAGAAACGACUUUCUGGGAAAGGUCCUGUUCAACAUCAACAAGCUUCAGUCUGCCCAGCAAGAGGAGGGCUGGUUUCGCCUGGGGCCUGACAAAUCCAAACACAGUGAAUAUGAAGGAACUCUGGGUUCUCUGCGGCUGCAGCUACGGCUUCGAGAUGAGGUUGUGUUGCCAUCCAGCCAUUACAAGCCAGUCACAGAGCUACUCAGCCAGUCGGUCGGCUCUCAGCUCAACGGCAACUGGCCUGAUUUUAUCAUGCUGAUUGAUGAGACCACUACAGCCGAGAGCAGACAGGAAGUAGCUAAUAAUCUGGUGAAGCUGUUUUUGGGUCAAGGACUUGUCAAGGAGUUCUUGGAUGUUCUUUUCAAGCUGGAGCUGGAAAAGACUACUGAACCCAACACACUGUUCCGCAGUAAUUCAUUAGCAUCCAAGUCUAUGGAAUCAUUUUUGAAGGUGGCUGGGAUGCAAUAUUUGCACAGGCUUCUGGGCCCGAUAAUAAACCGAAUCUUUGAAGAAAAGAAAUAUGUAGAACUGGACCCAAGUAAAGUAGAACUGAAAGAGGCAGGGUGUGCAGGUUUGCACCGUCAGCAGACUGAGUCUGAUAUUAUUCAGCAGAGCUCGAGCCUCCUGCAGUCGUAUCUUUCUGAGCUGCUCACCUCCAUCCUGCAGUCGGCCUCCUAUUGCCCCCUGCUUAUCUGCCAGGUUUUCCAUCAGCUCUACCUCAGAGUGCAAGAAUGCUUCCCUGACCCAGAGUACCGGAAGGUGAAGUUCAUUGCUGUGACCAGCUUCCUGUGCCUGCGGUUCAUCUCACCUGCCAUCAUGUCUCCAAAACUAUUUCACCUGCGAGAGAAACAUGCUGACGCCCGUACAAGCCGCACACUUCUGCUACUUGCCAAAGCCGUGCAGACCAUUGGGAAUAUGGACACUCUCGCAUGUUGCUCUAAAGAGCCAUGGAUGGUCUGCUUGCAGUCAGCCAUACAGCAAGGCAUCACACAGCUCAAAGACUUCAUCACCAAACUGGUCAACUGCCAUGAGCCAGAGGAUCUUGAACUUCAGACACGAAUGAGCCUCCAGUGUGGCACUAUGGAGAAAGAGGGCUUCCUUUUCCUCCACAGGACCAAGGACAAGUGCAUGCCCAUGACAUCACCCUUUAAGAAGUACUAUGUCACGCUCAGUAAAGACACUCUGUCGUACUCGCGGACACAACACUCUAAAAAGAGCUUGUUUAUUUCGCUGCCAAAGAUCCGGGCGGUAGAGAAGGUGGAGGAGAAAUGCUUCGGCAGUGCCAACGUCAUGCAGAUUAUCUCAAGUGAAGACUCUGGCCAGCAGGAGACCCUGUACCUCGACUGCAAAAGUGUAAAUGAGUUGAAUCACUGGCUGUCUGCUUUGAGGAAAGCCUGCAGCCACAACACAAACACUAUGAGCUGCUACCAUCCUGGCAUCUAUAAAGCAGACAGAUGGAGCUGCUGCCAUCAGAAGGAGAAAUCAGACCCAGGCUGUGAUAAAACCAGGCAUGGAGUGACUCUGCAGGAGUGGUACGACCCACUGGACCCAGACCUGGAGGCUCAGCUCAUCUACCAACAUCUCUGUAGUGUUCAGCACGCUAUGCGAGAUAAGUAUUAUAAGUUGAGAGAGCAGCAGGGGGUUCAGGAGGCAGACUCAGUAAGAGACCAGAAGAAAGUAGAUGGACUAUCAAAGCUCUUCAGUAUUCUCCAAGACCUACAUGAUGCACAUGCCGCAGUGGAGGAGGAGGAAAGAUCGAAGAAUAAAAAUCUUUUCUUGGAAUUACAAACGUAAACAAAAGGACUUUUGUCUUUAACUGGUUGCAUUUCAUAAUUCACAGUGUUAUUCAGUCACUGAGCUUCAAACCUGCAAUUAUUUCACACAUAGAUCAGAAAAGAAAUACUGUACAGUAAGUUUGAUUUGUUCUUGUACUCUUGAACUUUUGAAUCAGUGCACAGAUGGAUAUUUAGAGGGCUGUGAUUACAGUCCCUUUAUUAAAGUAUAGUUGUGGUGUGUUUGCUGUGCAUUUGGUAUCAAGGUAAGGACAGUGUUAUCUUACUGCAAUGAUUCAAGUGGGUUGCUAACUCAAAACCUUCUGCAGCUUUUACAUGCAUUCAAACAAAUUGGUUUUAGCUGUAAUGCUUUUCGACAUUAACUUCAACUAAUCAGCAUUAUUCAUUUAAUGUGCUUUUGACUUUAAAAAGCACUGUGGAUAUGCAUGUCAGCUCUUCCACUGUGUAAUCUUUCUUUAAAUCAGUGUUAUUAAUAUGUUUAAAUAGAUUUGAAAGAUGAAACUGAAAGAUAUAAAGCUGCCAUUCCUGCUGUCUCAAUGACUUGUAUCUAUGUCAUAUUUUGUUGUUAUGUCUUCUUAUGAUUUAAACUAUAAACUGUGUAUUUUUGUCUGUAUUUCUCCACUAGGUGGCAUUACAGUGUUUCUUAUUCAUAAGCUGAAUUCAGGCCUCAUUCGCAGUACAGCAGUGCUUGUAAACACAAAACUCUUUAAAUUCCAGUUCCACAAAAUUAUCAAGAA